GCGACCCAGACGUCUCUGAUCGCGGGGCCAUCAGAGAAGCGAUGAGCGGUGGAACCGGCGACGUGGAGCGCACUCGGGAUGGAGUGCCCAGAUGGGGCGGCGAACAGAACUUGUUCUCUGCCUACGAGGAGGCCUGCUAUCUGUACGAGGCCAGCACGGCACAACAUAAGCGUGAGCUGUGUGGCCCUCGCUUGGUCGCAGAGUUGACCGGAGCGGCCAAACGAAUGGUGGCAGGCCGCCACCCAGGAUGGGUGGCCCAUUACAAUGGAGUCCAUGUGUUGAUGGAACACCUACGUGGCCAACUAGGACGUCCUCAGAUCCCGGAGCUGACCGAGCACCUUUCUCGAUACUUCAAGAGCUGCAAGAGACGAGCCCAGGAGAGUAUGAAUGACUACAUCACACGGAAGGCCGAGUCAUACCUGAGGGCGACUCAGGCCCUGGGCCGAGUUCUGAAGUCCAAGAAGAAGGAGCCUUCAGCUUCAUCCGGGAGAUUCGGCCAAGGGGCCGGGAGUUCCAACUACAACAUGUGGAGCGGUUACUCCAGCCGCCGAAGCAGCUGGGACUACUACUCGGAGCACGACGACCAUGAGCCCAAUACCAAUGACAACGACGACUCCGACGACCGUCCAGCUGACACGGAUACCAAUGCCGAGUCUCAUCCUUGGCAGGCCAGCACCAGAGCAAGUUGGACCUGGAGUGACUCCACCUGGAGUCAGAGACCAGAGUGGUAUGGCAACUACAACUGGAACUGGGGGUGGAAUCCUUCCUCCGGCAAUGGCACCUGGUCUACCUCGACCAGGGAGGCCCCUCGCAUGGAAGAGCUUCUUCCCUCCUUUAUCCAGGGAUGGUACUUGCUACAAGACGCAGGUCUCAACCAGACAGAGCGCAACAUGGUGCAGACAGCCCUAGGAGGGAACUAUGAGGUGGAUCGGGUGGCGGAAGAGUUGCGCAACCAGUGGAGCGAUGCGGACCUACGUCAUCGAGAUCCCUCACGCCACGCAGGGUUUUGGGGUGAGACGUUGAGCGACAACGAGGACCCCGAGCCGCAGUUCGAUGAAGACGCCCUCAUGGCCAAGGAGGACAUAAGUGAUGAGGGGCUGGCUUUGCUGGCCAACGCCGAGACCACGGCGCAGGAUGCCCUGGUGGCGAUCAAUGGGGCCAAACGCACUUUGCGUGAGGCCCGACAGAAGCAGCACCAGAUCCGCAUGAAUAGACAGUACUUUCGCAGUGGCCCUCGAGGCCAAUCGAGUGGUGGGAAAGGCAGUGCGGCAGGAUCCUCCAACCGGGAUGCCAACAUGGUCUGCCUCAGCUGUGGCAAGGUGGGACAUCGAGCAGCCAACUGCACGGAGUCUAAGGCCACAGCUCACAUGGCAGCCGCCUCCACCAACGAGGAGGCCCCCUUCGUAUGCCUUGCAGAGAACCAGGACGCCGAGCAGGACGCCUCGGAGUUCGUGGGAGCCACUCUGGACACAAGCCAUCUCUCCCAGGCCUUUCUGGGCAGCCCGACCACGGCAGAGGCCGUGGCCCAAGGUCAGGCCAUCAUCGACGGAGGAGCUACUAAGACUCUGGCUAGUGUCUAUGCGAUAGAGAGAUUGAUGGAGGCCAACCGGCGCAAGCACGGCAGUCAUCGACUUCAAGAAGUGGAUGUGAGCAACAAACCUACGUUUGGUUUUGGGAACUCGAGUACGGACACUUGCGUUUCCACAGUGGGGAUGUCUUUGACGGCCGAGGGAAAGCGAGGGAACCUCGCUAUCCAUGCUUUACAGAAAGGAGAAGCUCCCAUCCUCCUCUCCAUUUCAACCUUGCGCCGUUCGGCCACCGGCCAUCAGCUUCUGUCUUUAGCGGAUGAUUUGUACGAGGGUGCUGUGGUCACGGUGGCGUCUCUACGUGCUCAGCUGGAGGACUUCGGCGAGCAACCUCCGAGUCGCUGGACCAAAGUGGAGUUACAACAUCGACUUCAGGAACUACAGCGCGAGCACGGCUUGGUACCAGCGAACCCCGGAAAGGGCAAGACGGCCUUGCAGAACAAGAUUGCCCAGAUCAAUGCCGCGAGCCGCUUGAAGAGCAAGCUCACGCAGCUUCUUCAGGAGGAGAUGAUGCAGGAGAUCACGCCGAAUAUGACGAUCGAGCAGAUGAAGGUGAAGGCGGUGCAGUUUGCCUACGAGCACACGGCCGUGUCCGGCGGAGACUAUGUCGGUUUCGGCCGCCAUGCGUCCAUGACCUACCGGACAAUCAAGGAGGAGUACCCUCAGUAUGUGGCGUGGGUCCGUGCAACGGCCAAAGAGGAGAAGGAGACGUGUGUGCAGCUACGACGCCUGGCCAUGUGGCUGGAGCAAGAAGCGGCACAGCCGAUCGAGGAGAAGUCUACCAAGUGGACGCUGGUGGAGCCGCCCGAGGAGAAACCUCAGGCCAAGGCCAAGAGUCAAUCGGGCUACCACGGCCGGAGCAGUGCGAGCUCGGCAACGUCUUCGGUGAGCGAGUCGGUCCUCCGCGACUUGGUGACGACGCUGCACGACCUCAAGGAGGAAGUGGCCCAGCUGAAGAGUGGACAGACCGAGGAGCGCCCCCGGAAGAAGGAGCGCGACUGA